AUGAACUUUUCCAUCUACGACCUCGACGACAAGACGCGGAAGCUCUUGGAUCUCGAUAACUUCCUUGGGGAUCUCACGGUCAACGAGUUUGUGGAGCGGCUCUCAAAGGAUCACCAGAUGAAGCAGGACAACGUGCAGAGUUUGUCAUACUUGGACCCGAAACCGUACAUCCGGACAUUUGAGUCGACGUUGCGAGAGCUCAAGCUAAAGAAUGCUGAGAUCGUGGCGCGGCAGGAGGCAUGCGCCGCUGAGGCCGCGCGGCACGACAUCGCGCACAGCAAGAACGUAGUGGCACUCGCGGCUACAUCGCGCGCGAUCUCCGCCAACUUUGGCGGCUUGGACCGCCAGGUUUCAAAUAUUAUCGGAAAAAUUGGGCCCUUGGGCGACCAGCUCACACGCCUCACGCAGCAGCGCAACCGCGCGUUGGACACGCAGUUUUUGCUCCGCUGCUACCAAGCAUUCCAUACGCGCGGUGCGUGUGCGGAGUUGGCCGAAUUGCAGACGAGCACGGACCAUACGCUGAAGAUGACGUGCGCAAAGACCGUGCGCCAGCUCUUGGUGUUGGCACACAAGAUCGACGGCGACACGGCGUACAACAGCAUUGCGGAAUUUGGCCUCCGCAUGGAGGAGGAGUUCAUCGGUUUAUUCCAAGAGCUUUCCGUCAACGACCACUUUGACAUCAUGGCGGACAUUGCAGAUAUCUUGAUCGAGUUCAACGGCGGAGAGAGCGUUAUCAACACAUUUGUCGACGACAACGACAUCUUCCGCGAGCGCGAAGAACCCGACUUGGCCGCCAGCCCGCUCUGGGACGAGCUAUCGGACGUAAAGCACGGCUCAGAGAUAGUGAACGCGGAACUCGCGCGCUUGGUUGGUGACUUGCUCAGCCGUGUCAAGAUGUCCGUCAAGAUGAAUGCGCGCAUCGCCAAGAAGGUGUUUGCGCGCCACACUGUGCAAGUUAUCGCACUCUUCCUUCGCAAAAUCAACCAGGAGGUGCUCCAGGCGAAAAUAGCCAAGUUGCUAAAGACCGCAUCGUCGAUUAGCCAUUUGGCGUAUGUCAAGUUGGUGCACGCGCUAUAUGUGUUGAUUGGGGACUAUAUUCGCGACUUGAAGGAGUUUUUCGUGGAUAAUGAUUUUGAAGACAGACCUUCUUCUCUUUCCAGCACGCUCGACGCGUGCUACCACGAGCUCUUCCACGAGUACCUCCGCGACGACAAGUUCUUCGCGAUGGAGCGCAAGAACUUGGACGAACUUAUCUACGCCGCGACCCACCGCUUCGCGACGUAUAACGAGAGUGUGUUGCAGGCGUACCUCAAGACCAGCGGCGCAACCACGCUCCUCGCCCGCAUCCAGCGUCACUCCGAUGACGAUGAGUUCAACUAUGAUGAGUUUAACAGAAGCUUGGAUGCUGAUACUAAGUCGUUCUCGUACCUGUUUGAGACCAAAAAGUUGACCCACUUGAAGGAGGUUAUGAAGUCGCACUUGGAGCGCGGCAAUACUACCAGAGCUAGCGCGACGCGCGAGUGGAGUGUGCCCGCGGAGGUGGCCGAGGAAGACCGCCACAUCAGCAUCCAGAAGGUAGAUUUGAUUCUAAAGUGCUGCAUUGAGGCGAUGGCGCGCUUGUUAGAGUUGUCGCCGUCUCCUGCAAAGACCAGCGAGUACUCGCUCCAGCUCUUGGAGAUAUUGCUUUCCGGCAUGGGGCACUCAUACAUAGACUUGGGCUUGGAGGUGUCCUAUAGCCGGUUAAAGUCCCAGGAGUCCGUGAUGGUCGCGGACGAGAGUUUCUACGUCGAUAUGGGUUUCUUGGAGAUAGUUAACCAGUCGAACGAGAGCCUCUACCUCUUCUCCACGUGCGUGUCACAGGUCAUUCUCCCAAUGUCGAUCAACGCGCCCGCGAUCAAGGAACGCAUUAGUGCCAUGGUGAACGGCUACAUCGCGAAGUGCGAGGUGUCGAUCAGCAUCUUAUUGAAGGAUACGCUCCGCUUGGUCAGCAACAAGAUCGCGUAUAUCUUGGCGAACAAGCAGCGGAAAAAGGACUUUACAGGAGACAAGAUCAUGAACGAUGAUACCGAGGCGUGCGAAAUCUUGGAUGACUUUUUGACCAACGUUCAUGAUAGUGUGGCAAGAUAUUUAACCGGCGAGGGAGAGACCAACAACAACCUCAUCAGCUUCCUCACCCACGUGGGAACCAACUUCCUUAAGCAGUUGUUGCACCACUUCACCAAAUUCCAGGUCAACGAGACCGGCGCUUUGAUUCUCACCAAGGACAUCGUACAGUAUCAGAACUUGAUCGGCGGAUGGAAAAUUGACGCGUUGACCAGCCAGUUUGCGAUUUUAAAGGAGGUGGCGAGUUUAUUCAGCGUAAACGUCGAGUUGCUCGAGAGUUUAAUCCAGGAGGGUAAGUUGAAGGGGUUGUCGAGGAACAUGAUUGACUCGUAUAUGCAGAAGCGCACGGAUUUGACGAAGAAUGGGGUGAUGGGGAGGUUGAAGAGUUUAAGAGCUUAG